UCAGGGUGCAUACAAGUGUCGGACCGUGGCUGCAGAAAAGACUGGGGAUGGAAAAUGUACUAUAAACGCUGCUGGAAAAGUCUAUACAGAUUGCUGUGAAUCUCUGAGUGAAGAUGGCCCUCUUUAAGAACAACUUCUGGGGGGAGAAAAAUGCCGGCUUUGACGUGCUUUACCACAACAUGAAGCAUGGCCAGCUGGCAACCAAGGAGCUAGCCGAGUUUGUCCGCGAGAGUACUGCUAUUGAGGAGACUUACUCCAAAUCAAUGAGCAAACUGGCCAAGAUGGCGAGCAACGGAAGUCCACAGGGGACUUUUGCUCCCAUGUGGGAUGUGUUCAGGGUGUCGUCAGACAAACUGGCCCUCUGCCACCUAGAGCUGAUGAGAAAGAUGAACGAUCUCAUCCGGGACAUCAACAAGUACGGCGACGAGCAGGUCAAAAUUCAUCGCAAGACAAAGGAGGAGAUGGUGGGGACAGUGGAGGCGGUGCAGGCGCUGCAGGUUCAGAGCGGCCACCUUCAGAAGUCAAAGGAGGGUUACCAUGCCAAGUGUUUGGAGCUAGACCGGCUCAGGAAGGAGGGAGCUCCACAGAAAGAACUGGAGAAAGCGGAGCUGAAGUCUAAGAAAGCGGCAGAGUCAUUUGCGUUGUGCAUCGAGAAGUACAACCGCGUGGGAGGAGAGUUUGAGCAGAAGAUGAGCGAGUCCUCCCAGAAAUUCCAGGAAAUCGAAGAGGCCCACUUGCGGCAGAUGAAACAGCUGAUCAAAGCUUACUCCCACUCCAUAGAAGACACCCAUGUUCAAGUGGGACAGGUUCACGAGGAAUUCAAGCAGAAUGUGGAAAACAUCGGCAUUGAUAACCUCAUCCAGAAAUUUGCAGAGCAGAAGGGCACGGGCAAAGACAGGCCAGGUACAAUUCAGCUCCCUAGGAUGGAUUCUUGGCUUGCUUCUAGUAGAGCUCUGGUUGGUUUUGAGGAGUACAUGACAGCUUUGGCACCAGAAGGUGGGAAGAAGAGUCGAGCAAAAGCCUUCAGGAUCCCCGGCCUUGGCAAGAGGGACAAGGAGCCGGACUCUACAGAUUCAGCAGUGACGGAGACCCCGAAUUCACCCCUGGAAGUAGAUGACGAGGGAUUUGUCAUCCGAGCUGACAGCACACAAAAUGGCUGCUCUGAGGAGAAGGAGAGCAACUUUUACUCCAGUGACUCGGACUUUGAUGACGAGGAGCCCAAGAAGUUCCACAUCCAGAUCAGACCGGUGGCGAGCAGCAGUCGCAAUAACUCCGCUGCCACAGAGAAAGAACUGAAAGCCACCAUUGGGGCGCUCACUCUGCCGCCCAACAGAGGGGUCCGGCAACAGGUGUCAGUCAAGCGGCAUCUCUCCAGGAACUCGAGUACUGCGGGAGGUCGCUCAGAAGAGAGCGAAGGUGCCUCCCACAGGGAUGGAGAGCAGGAGGGCCUACGCAGGUCCACCUCCAGUCCCGAUCACAGCAGGUUAAGUUCAACGGCAUCGGGUUCAGACAGUCUCUUCGGACCUCCGCUGGAAUCGGCCUUCAAGUCCAAAAGCUUUGAUGGUCGGGAACAACUCAGAGAGCAGAGCGCUUUUGGUGCAACUGAAUAUGCCGCUUUCUCGUCUGACUCCUCCUCUCCGGAGAACGUCGAGGACUCCGGCCUGGACUCACCUUCCCAUCAGCCCCUUGGGCCCUCCCCUGAGCCAGUGGGUUGGGCGGCUUGGCCUCCUGUGUCACAGAGUAAAGAGCAGACACAAACACUGGGACGACCUCCGGACCCUUUCCUCUCUGCUUUCCGUGACCCCUCCCCUGGUCGGAGCCCUCUCUCGCAGGACGACCCUGCCAGCGUCUGGUCCAUCGCCUCAUCACGUCCCUCUCGUGUCCCCCCAGACAUGGACCCCUCAUCCAUGCGGUUCCCUGCUUUCUCCCAGUCCCUUCCUCCACCUGAGAUGGAGUCAUCGGUGUGGAACUGCAAACACAUUCCCCCCGAGGACCCCUUCCUCGCUGCGUUUGAGAGGACUGUCACCCAGGAGACUUUAAACCUGUCUGAUGCCUGGGCGCGCCCACCACCUCGCACAACCCAGGAGGGCAGGGGGAUGGAGGUGCGAGGGGACCCAUUCUCCAUCGCCCUCGUCGACACUAAGACACUCCCAACCUCUUCCUCCUCCUCUUCUUCCUCCUCCUCCAAUCGUAAAGACAGAGACAGGAAACGAGACCAGAGCCUCCCGCCUCCUGUUACUUCUGAUGACCCGUUUGCAAUCACAAUGAUUGGCAGCCCAACGCACCAGUCAUCGCUGGCUGCAGCAGCUGGGUUAAUCCCUGCACACAGCAGCAGCAGCAGCAGAGGCAGCAGUAGUGGUGGUGGCUCUACCAAUAGCAAUAGGCUGGUACUUGAUGUUAAUUCAAGCUCUUUGCCUACAGCUCAGCCCAAGAAGGAGCUGAUGCACUGGAACUCUGUCCACAACCCGUUUAGUGAAAGUGUCUCUGGGACGCUGAGCAGCUCCAAAACACAGGAGGGAGGAGGGAAAGGAGAGGGAGGGGGAGGAGGAGGAGGAGGAGGGGAGAGGAGGAAACAUCGAUCAUCAGAGAGUGAGCCACGCAGGAACGCCCCUCCACUCACGAGGCAUUCGGGACCACAGGAGGAUCUGUGUUUUUCCACAGACAAAGAUCAAGACUGCCUGGAUCUGAACACUCAGAUAUCGUGCAGUAUCACCUCACACAAGGGGUCCAAGCAUAACUUCAGACAGGACACAGCUGAAGUGGUCGCAGCUGCUCCUCAGAGAGCGGCCCGGGCCAAGAGGACCUCAGGCCAACUCAGCGGCUGCGAGAGAUCCCGGUCCCUGUGCUCUUCCCCGCUGCCAGAGCCCAGCCCUUCCCUCACCUCCUCCUCAUCCUCUAGCCCCAGUGAGUGGGGGCCUCAGGCCAGGGACAAUGACUGGGCGAGUCAGAACCGAGCGCCCAGUCCUGCCAGGGCAGGCCAAUCCUCACCGCUGCCCUACCAGCACCAGGACCAUCAACAAAGACAGUUGCACCUGUCACGAGGCCCCAGCCCCAUUUCCCUCAGCACACAGGAGGCCUGGCCAGUGGCAGCAGCCAUAACAGAAUAUAUAAAUGCCUACUUUAAAGGUGGACAACACAACCGCUGUCUGGUGAAGAUCACGGGCGACCUGACGAUGUCCUUCCCUGCCGGCAUCACCCGGAUCUUCACAGCCAACCCCAACGCUCCCGUGCUCAGCUUCAGGCUUGUCAACAUCUCAAGGAUUGAUCACUUCCUGCCAAAUCAAAAGCUGCUCUACAGUGAUCCAUCUCAGAGCGACCCAGACACCAGAGACUUCUGGUUCAACAUGCAAGCUCUGCAGCUCUACCUGCAGAGAGAGGCUGAACUCAACCCUCAGGCCUCGUACUACAACGUUGGUCUGCUCAAGUAUCAGGUGUCGUCUCAGGACCCGGGUAGAGCUCCCCUUCUGCUGUCUGCGGAGUGUCAGCGCAGCGGCACCGUGACCCGGGUGUCUUUGGAUUACCACUGCUGCCCCGCCACCGCGCCCUCCACCCAGCUCGCCGCUGUCCAGGUGCUGCUGCCAUUAGACCACACUGCCACAGACCUGCAGUGCCAGCCACCCGCCUCCUGGAACGCUGAGGAAAGACGGCUGCUGUGGAAACUCCCCAACCUCUCCCCGACCAAUCACAGCAAAGGCUCAGGGACUCUGUGUGCCAGCUGGCAGUGCCUGGAGGUCCCCCGAGGCCCUCCACCCAGCCUGGCUGUUCAGUUUGUGGGCUCCGGGGCCUCGCUGUCGGGCAUGGACGUGGAGCUGGUGGGCAGCCGCUACCGCAUGUCUCUGGUCAAGAAGAGAUUCGCCACAGGGAAGUACAUGGCCGGCUGCUCGUUGUGAAUCGUGUAAAGGACCAUUGCUGCAGGUUCAGAGGACUUCACACUUUUUCUCAAGUCAACAGCCAGACAGAAGGAGAGAUUAUUCCUGGUAAGACAUUAAAACUGAGGACUGACAUCUCAGCCUUGAAGGACAAUGUGCACUUACUUCUGACAGUGUCCUGCUGUUCUAGGACCAAGCCUUUUCUUCUUCUUUUCCUCUAAUUUAAGUUGUGUGUGUGUGUGUGUGUGUGUGUUGUACACUCAGUCCUGCCUUUAGCAGGAGCCAGGAAGAUAGCUCUUUUUCUAUUCAAUCUCCUCUGUUCAUUGUGCUCUGAGACUGCAAACUGAGGUAGAUGUCAGAACUUUUCUUAAAUUAUAGAGGAAAGGAAAAUAAAGUAAGUCUGGAACUGAGUUGCCAUGGAAACUAGGAUUUUUCAAUUAUGUAAAUACUAUAUGGAAUAAAUCUCUAGAGCAUCUCAAAAGAUCAAAUGAGUCACUUGUGAGUAAAGAUCUUCUACCAAACCUUAGAAAAUGCAAUGUUUGUAAAUCUGCUGUUUGUUCCAAAUAGAGGUUUUGUGAUGUUGAUGUUUGAUAAAAAUAAAUGUGCUCAAACAU